UUGAGAGAGAGAAGCAAGAAGAACAAAAAAAAAAAAAAAAAAAAAACAGAGAAAGCCCCAAACCUGAAGAAGAUAACAAAUAAAAGGACUUUUGUUGGACUCUCGUGUUGUGUUGUGUCUAUCUCUCGCUGUAUAUAUAAAUACACACACAAUGACACAAAUCCUUCUUUCUUCACCUUUCCUUCCCCCACGCACACGACCCAAAAACUCAUCCUCUCCCUCCAUUUCGGACGACCUCUCAAGUCACCCCCUGCUUUUUCAUUUUUUAAUUUUCUCCACCGGGAAGUCAUAAUUAAACGUCUGGUUCCUAUACUUCUCCCGCCUAAUUUAUCGCUUUGCUUUCUCUGUUCUUUUUUUCCUUUCCACAGGUCACUCCCUUUCUUUUUUUCGCCUUUCUUCUUCUUUCUCGCCGUCGCCAUCACCGGAGAUAACUCCGUGGUGUUGCGCUUGGCCUUGUUUCCAUAUUAAUCCUCUGUGAUUCAAAAUUGAACCAAGAAGAAGAAGAAGCAGACCAACACGAUCAAGUAAAAUAUUGAUUUUUUUAAAAUCUGACCUCUCUCUGUUUAUAAAAAAAAAGAAAAAAUGAACACGACGUUACGUUACGAUCCAAGACAGAUGUCUAGGCCAACGAAACCGUCAGAUACUCCAUCUUCUUCUCCUUCUCGUAGUCACCGUAGACAGCCUUUGCUCCAACGUAGCCUCUCUUCUCCUUCUCCAAGAGCCACUUGCGGCGGAUCCACUCCCGCCGAGUUCUGCGGCGGUACCACCGCCAGUUGCGCCGCCGUCUGGUGUUGCUGUCCCUGCGGACUCGUCAACCUCCUCGUCCUCGCCAUCUACAAAGUCCCCAAAGGAAUCUGCCGCCGCGCUAUCCGGAGCCGCCGCCGCAAACAGCUCGUGAAGAGCGGGAUGCUUCCUCCGCUUCUGUCGGCCGGGAAAAACGAGCGGAUGCAGAGAGUUUUCCAGAACUCCGAAUUCGCGAUUCAUCCCUUGGAUAGCGAAGACGUCUCCGAAGACGAAGACGAUGAUAACUUCCUGGAUCUGAAGUAUAUCGGGAAGCCGGUAACGGCGGUGUUUGCGACGGAGGAGGAGGAGGAGACAGGUGAAGACGACGCGGCGGUGCUAGCGUUGGAGAAAGAGAUGUGGAAUAGGUUUUACGGCGCCGGGUUUUGGAGAAGUCCGUCACAGAGAGAAUCGGUUUCGUCUCCGAGAGUUUCGAAGUCUCUUUCGUCAUCGCCGAGAACGUCGUUUACGGAAGUAUACCGGAAUAGAGACGCAACGGUGGCGACGACAACGAGAGCCGUUAGGCAUUUUGAUUAGGUGAAUGAGUGAGGCUUUUUUUCUUGUUAAUAGUGGUUUGAUUAAUUUGUGUGUGUGAGAGAGUGUUGUUGUAAUUUGUGUGUAAAGCUUCUUCUGCCUUUUUUUUUGGUCAAAAUCUUUGGUGUUGUGACUUUUAAAUUCCAAUGGUAUGGGAUCGUCAACAAUGUGAAUUUUCGAAACAUGAAUAGCAUGUGAGUGAUGUAUUUUGUCGAUCUUGAACGCAACUAACCAUUCCAACAUUGGAAUUUUUUGA